GAGCCCUCCACCGACCCCGGAGACGGGGCACUUUGAUGCCGUGACGAGACUGGGCAGGUGCCCUCUGUCUUGGGUGCCUCCGCCAUGACGGGCGAGGACUCCGUCAGCACCCUGGGCCUGAUCCUCGGCGUGGGGCUGUCGCUGCUGCUCGUGUCCAUCCUGGGCUACAGCCUGGCCAAGUGGUACCAGCGUGGGUACUGCUGGGAGGGGCCUAAUUUUGUCUUCAACUUGUACCAGAUCCGGAACCUGAAGGAGCUGGAGGUGGGCCCACCCUUCACCAUCAGUGGCCACAUCAGCAGUUCAGACGGAGGCUACAUGAAGUUCUCCGACAGGCUAGUCUGAUGGAGGAGGGGCGGCCUCCGGAGCCCUGGAGAGGGUCCUCUGACGCGCUCCCUGUCCCCUGCGCCGCCUCCUUGUUUCCCUGGCUUCCGCAGUCCUCCAGGCUAACACAGCCCUACCCUUCGCCCCGGGCCUCACCCACGGAUUCGACGGGUUUUUGUUGAGGCCCCGAAGCGGCGGCUUCAGCUUGUUCAGGAGUGAGGAGGGAGCAGAGGCCUGGAAACCCGACUGCUGGUCUGGCUGGGCUUGGCCCACGGACCCGUGGCCCUCCGGGGUCCCCCCAGACCUGUGUCCCUGCUGGGUCCCCCCGGAUCUGUGUCCCUGCCGGGUCCCCCCAGACCUGUGUCCCUGCUGGGUCCCCCCGGAUCUGUGUCCCUGCCGGGUCCCCCCAGACCCGUGGCCCUGCUGGGGUCCCCCCAGACCUCGGUCUCCUCUUAACCAUCCUGUCUGCUGGCCCGAGAGCCGGGAGGCCGUCGGGAGGGCCAGCAGUUCUACGGGCUGGCCAUUCCCAGGCCCUGUUCCUCUUUGGUGCCUUUGCCAGGGCUUCCGGGAAGGCCUCCUCCCUCCCCGCCACCCCCUCCUCACCAAGGCCGGUCUCCCGGGUCACCUCAAGUGUCCUCUUCCCCGAGGCUGCCCUCAGGAUUCCCAACUGCCCCCGUUAGAUCCUAAGGGGGGAGGCGGCCGUGUGUCCCCCAUUUGUGCCGUUCCCCACCCAGGGGGAGCCCUUCGUGGGCAAGGUCAUGUCCCAGAGCUCUGUAGUAACUGCCAGAAGCAGGCCAUGCGGGAAGUGCUCCAGAAAUGCCUACCGAGUGGAGUAGAAGCCCCCAGUGGGGCUGCGGAGGCCGCCUGGUCCUGGAGAAGCAGCAGGGACUGUCUGGGCAGCACAGUCCGCAGAGGAUGCGUGACCUUCGAGCACAUCGCCGCGACUGAAACCUGGUGGCGGCCUUGUGACGCGCGGGGCCUGGCACUGGCUGCAUGUUGCCUCCGGGGAGGCUGGGGCUCCGGAGAGGCAGCGUGCCCUGCCCAAGGCUGCGCAGCUGCUGACAUACUGGAGCCCGAGGAGAGUCAGACCUCACCGACAGGCCGCCCAGCAGGCUUAGCGGGCUGAGGAAGGAACCCUAGGGAAGAGGGGCUGGUCCCGGCCACCCUGCUGUGCGUGUGGCCACGGGCUAGUCACCUCACCAUGGAUACACGUCUCGGCGUGUGGGAAUAGAGGGUUCGGACAACUUCUCCAAGGCUCUGCUCUGUUACCUGAAGGAGAAAAAGGAUCUUCUCUUGUUGUUUUUAUCUCUGUAUUCUGUGUCUAGCAUAGGGCCUGGCAUAUAGUAGGUGUUCAAUAAACAAAAGAUGUGAAUACGAA